AUGCAUAAGAUUCCAAGUCAACAUAUGAAACGUUUUACUCUUCCAUCUUCAUCCAUGUCGACACUAUCAGCCGUGAAUAGACCAGUUGUUCACGAUCUACUCUGGAUAAGCAAACAACAACAACAGCAUUCAUUGCUUCAUGCUCGUCCUCUGAAGAAUACAAUACGAGUCAAUUCGCGUGGUAUACGUUUUAAAUUCGAUGGUAAACAAUGGCGACCGUUGUGUCAAUCAAUAGAUGGGUGCGAAUGUCGAAAUCUAGCAUUUCGGUCUUCUCUCUGUCAGAAACAUUUCUACAAAGCACAUUUAUACAAACGAACAUACGCUCAUAAGAUUUUUCCAUCGUUAAAAGCGCAACAGAUCGCGUCUGCUUCUCACAAACAUUCACUAUCAAAUGAAUAUGAACGAUCAUCCCCACAAGAAGAAAAACAAGUUCGCGUGCAAUCGAAAGAUGUUUAUCAUGAGGAUGAGAAUUCAAUCGAAGUUAUUGAAUAUCACGGCGGUUUGACGAGCAAACCUGAGCUUGUUCACUCUCAGUCACAUCAUACUUAUUUCUCUAUUGAUGACGAUGCGCAAACAGCAGUAUAUACUUCAGUGAAAUCAGAAUUUGAACCUAUGUCUUACAAUGGCAGAAUGGAAGACACAGUACCAAGCUCGGAAUCGCCAAAUGCUGCUUCGCAAAUUCCCAAACUAGCGGAAUCAAUUCAUCCAGGCACUCUAACAUUAACACGCACGGAAGAGAAAUCUUUAGCAAACGAAAUAAUUGCACGAUUGCCAGCUGACGUAUCACUUGCCGUUGGCGAACAAACAGCACGACAACGUGUUUGUGAAAUCAUUUUCGACAAUUAUGCACAAAACGUUCCCUUAGAAAACAUCUCCACUGAUUGGUUUUAUGAUUUUCUUCUUCGAAAUCCUCGUGUACCCAUUAAUUUUCAAUCAUGGUUUUUUUCGGUCCAAUCAACAUUGCCAAAUUCUGAUCAGUUGAUCGAUAUCAAAGCGUGGGAACUCGGACUCAUUACUCGAUCAUUUCUAUCGUCGUCGUUAGUCUCAACAUCAUCGCCCUAG